AUGAGUCAAGUAAGACCUCAUAGAGAAAGGAUGAACCAAGAUGCUCUAGCUAUUUUUACAAGAUAUUUAGAGACCCAGCAACUUCCAGCUUCAGUUAGUAUUGAUACUGCUAGUCAGUGCUUAGCGGUUGGCGAGUAUUACAACUCUUCUGAAUUUAUGAGAUGAUUGAUAUCCCAUCAUAUCAAACCUCAUAUGAAACCCGAUAGAGUGGUAACAUUUCUAGUUGAAUCAAUGAAAAUGGAUAAAAGUAGAGAUACUUAUUCAAAUUGGAUGGAUUUAUUCAGCUUCUGUUUAAACUACAUGAGUGAGCAUUUAGACAAAUUAUGCAAUGAAGAAUCUACUAACCAACGGUUAAUGGCUCUUCUUGACUCCAAGCCUUUAGUUCUCGAAACAAUUAUCGAAAAAGGAAUGAAGAGGUGUGUUGAAUCGAAUUAUCAAAAUAAAAGCUUACAAAAUGCUUGUCUAAAUCUUUUAAAGCGUCUUCGAAGUCCUCCGACUUCUUCUUUACUGUAUCUCAUCAAUUUGGAACAAAAACGGAAAAUCUCAACUGUCUCAAUCUUAGAGAAUCAGAUGAUAAAAUGGAGGAUUACAGACCAAAUUGAUCUAUUACAAUGAGUGUCUGAUGAGGUAGUUAUCAAUAAUUACAGAUUUGUGUUUUACGCUGAGAGAAGUAGCCAGCAAUAUAACGGAUUAAAAAUCUUCACAAUGCUUGUAUCAAAACCUCAUAAAGAACAUAUUAGGCAGAGAGCUACUUUGUUGGACAAGAAAACCCGAGUCCAAGAAAGUCUGAAGAAGGAGCAGAACAAUUCGUCUAGAGACAUUCAGUCUCUUGUUUGACACUGAUUGGCGAUAAAUGAGGAAUCACCUGCCCUGGCUAACCAGAAGAAUAAGAACUCAACAAAUAUCAAAGCCGAUUCAUCUUCCUUCCAUUGCUGUGAAGCCAACCAAAAGGUAGAAAUAGCUCAUUUAGAGGGAGUUGAGGGAUCAGAGGACUCUAAAAUUAUAAAAAUUUAUCAAAAAGUUGACUUUAUUCAAACUUUGGUUAUGAAGGAGCUAAAGGAUCAAAAUGAGAGUCCUCUAGGAGAGAAAAAUCUUACAAAUCUCGUAAAAAUUGGAGCAUGGCACCCAACUGGAUCGUUAAGAGCACAAUCACAUGACUUUGAGAAUCCUAAACUGGGCAGAAACAAGAACUUGAAUUUAGAUAAUGACUUUAACAAAAAUCGUAUUAGUUUGUUCACAAGGGAUUUCCAGGAACCUGAACUUUAUUUCCAGAGUUUAUACAAAAGUGAGAAAAGGUCUAAGAAGAAACAUUCUGCCUACUUCUCAAAGAAAAAUAGCUGCAAGGCCACAAGGAGAGACUACAGCUCGUUCACAAAUAGUUUGGGUAGAGACAGAAAGACAAGAAUUAAAUAAGAUGUCUCUAAUGCUUAACCCACACUCCUUUGGCGAAAGGUUCAAGAUCGAUCCAGAAGAAGAGAAGAGCAUUCCUGUCUCUCUGCAGAACACAUUAAGUUCUAGAGCAGAAAGAGAGACUUUGGGCAGACACAUUAAUGAAGCAUCAAAAUUUAGGCUGAUAAAUUGCCAGUCUAUUUCUUCUAGCAAAUCUAGCAUCUUUGACGAACAGAUGGGGAAUGCACCUUAUGAGUAUGGGCCAGAGUCAUCCGAUGAAAAGGAAAAUAUAAACACGGAAGAUCAGAUCUCUAUGCUUCAGUACAUGUUAGAAGAGAAGAAUAAGGAAAUAAUUAACUUGAAAAAGCAGAUACAGCCCCGCAAACAGCUUUUCAGUGAUACAAUUACUAACUGUAGAGAUGGCUUUGAGAACACUAAAGAAUCGAAGGUACUCAUCACCAGAGAUAUGAUGGAGGGAGGAACUUACGAUAAGCUUGACAAUCAUUCUGUUAGAGGAGAGAAUUGUAAUAAAUUCUUUUCGGGCCACAAUAACCCACUAAGCAUGCUGGACUUGAACAGUAGAUGGAGCUUUUCGAUAAAUAAUUAGUUCUUAAAUAUUAUUAAAAA